AUGUUAUAUUUUUAUACAAAACUUGUCGAUUUGUUGGAUACUAUAUUUUUUGUAUUACGUAAAAAAUCAUCGCAAAUAACAUUUCUACACGUUUAUCAUCAUAUUGUUGUAUCACUAUUGUGUUGGGCAUCAGUGGCCUGGUGUCCACAAACGGUUAUACUUGAAGUGUUUUGCCUACUAAACAGUAUAGUCCAUACGGUUAUGUAUUUCUAUUAUUUGUUGGCCGCUUUGGGAACAACUAUACAAUCGUAUAUCCAAUGGUGUAAACCCUAUAUAACUGGUUUACAAUUAGUACAGUUUGUCCUAUUUUUGAUGUAUGCUUUCUAUUGUAUAAUACUGGAAGAUAUGGCUAACUAUCCCCUAAUAUACAAAUGGUUCGGUGCUUUACAACCGAUUGUUUUUCUGAUAAUGUUUUCAAAAUUUUUUAUUAAAUCCUAUAGUAAAUCAAAAUCUAAUUAG